AGUAUUUCACAAAUCACGGCGCAUAUUCCCACGGCUAUAAAUCAUUCGAAAGAUAUAUGAGAAAGUCGAUUGCGAUUCACAAAGGAUCGCGGCGGACUUUUAAAAUAAUGAUGUGGGCGUUCGGGCCCCAAAAUAUAGUAACAAACAAAAAUAUUGGGAGAAUUUGUGGGAAUCCCGCAUGGUGUGCCGCCGACGACCGCGGCGCUGCGCCCGCAGCGAGCUGAGGGCGCCGCGCAGGGGGAGGGGCUCGCCGACUUCCGCCAUUGCUAUUGGUUCACUGAGCAUGCACUACUACAGUCGUAAGUGCCCCUAUCCAGCGUCCCAAUAUCCAUUCUACGACCGCUAGCUACAAACGAAAAUAGCACAGCGCGCGCUGCACUCGUCCGCCGCGCACACUCUAUCCAUUGGUUCUAACACUCAGUCGAGAGACGUAUUAUGGUAAUAUAAAUUGACCAACCGCGGGGCAAAUUCAGUUAGUUCGUUAAAGUUGAUUAAAGCCAUUUAACCAGGACGAACACGAGGAUUCAUACGGCGCGAGCGUUCGUCGAUCCCGAGGGCUCGUCUAAAUGAAGUUAAAUUGUUUAAUAUCUGAGUCGAUCAAUCGGUGGUGAGGCUCGUGGCGGCGAGCAGCAGAGCAGUGGGUAGGACGGCGACCGGCGCGACGGAGCCGAGCGAGGUGCGAGCGGAGGUAGCGGGCGCGCACCCGCCGCCGCCCGACACCUACAUGUACGUGUGCGGCGACGGCGGGCCCGGCGGCGGCCCGCGGUACGAAUGCUUCGAGGGCGCCGCAGCCAUGGAGCAGCAGGCGUUCGAGGAGCACAUGUUCGGGGAGUUCGGCAAGGAGCGGCACGUGCAGGUGGUGGUAGGCGGCGAGCUGUACCGCGACGAGCUGCCCGUGUUCGCGGCCGAGCCCAAGCGCAAGGAGGAGCCGCUGCUGCUGCCGCCGGUGGACGCGCCACCGCCCCCGCCUCCGCCGACACCCGCUACUAAGAAGAGCGAGAAGAAGAAGGGAGACAAUAACGGCAUAAAGAAAAAGAAAACAAGAACAACGUUCACGGCGUACCAGUUGGAGGAACUGGAGCGCGCGUUCGAGCGCGCGCCGUACCCCGACGUGUUCGCGCGUGAAGAGCUCGCUCUCAAACUCAACUUGUCCGAAUCACGGGUCCAGGUGUGGUUCCAAAACAGAAGAGCAAAGUGGAGAAAACGUGAGCCCCCAAGAAAGACUGGUUACAUUGGUUCUAGUUCACCAAGUUCUACGACAAUAGGUGGAGGAUUUUCAGGAAUCGGAAACAAUCUCCCUGCCUUCCCCCAAAACGGUCUCCCCGCGCCCGGAGAUUCCUGGUCGUAUCAACAUUCCUAUGAACUGUCGUCCCAUCACUUGUUGUCAUCCGGCAGCAGCGGUUACCCAGGGUUCAACGCCCAGCCCGCCGCUUAUUCGUAUACGACCGUAUUGAAUGGCCACGACGGGCAGAUGUUUGCGCCGCGGCAUUCAUACGAAUACGGCGAAGGGAGUCCGCCGCCGCUGGGAGUGCGUGAUUAUCCAAUGAUGGCGGCGCAUUCUCCGCAAAUGGAGGCGCAUGCGCACGAGGAUAAGUUGGAAUAUCGUGCGCACGAGCACCAAGAGAAGUAUGCGCCGUGCGCGCUGCAGGAGGAGCCGCCGCGGUAUGCAGGGCCGCACGAGGAGUACGACAAGUGCGCGAUGGUGCCUCACGACAAGCACUUCGACAUGGAGCGGCCCUCAGAGCUGGGCCAGCCUGUUGUCGUCAAGAUGGAGCCGAGCCCUGGCCAGGCCUAUACUUCCCUGCCCCCUUUUUUGAAUUGAAAUACUCCUUUUCGAAAUUAUCCUAGAUAUUGCAUAAUUUCGAAAAGGAGUAUGCAUUAAAACAAGAGCAUUUUUGAUACGAAGACCGAAGUUAAUAAUAAUGUUAUUAUUUUAUAAUUAGUCGUUUUUUUCAUUAUCGAACUUUGUACUUUUGAAAUUUAUUACAAUAGGUACUAGAAAUACCCAGACAAUAUUUAAGUUUUCAUUGAUUUGUAGGUAUUGUGGUAAUACGAAAAAAAAUGGUGUCUGCUAAGGAAAUAUUAUAAGAAAUAGCACCUAUCUAGUUUAUAAAGAUAUUUAUAAAAAUAUUUUAGUGACAGACCAGCAAUAAAUGUAAAUAUCCUUUUAAGUUUAAUAAUUAUUCAAAAUACUUUCGUGUUUUCAUAAUACAUCGAACGACGAUGUACUGGUAGAGGUAGGAACUGUAAUGUAGGCUAAUUUUAAAUGUUUCUUUAUUUAAAGCUAUGGUUUUUUUAAAUAAUGAUAUUACUUCUCGUGCAUUCCCUGUGCCUUAAUACAUAUGUAAUGUUAAUUGUGACGCUAUGUAAUAUUAAAAAAUGAGAUUAUAUAAUCUGAAUUAGUGUAAUAAACAAAUAGAUGUUUUAAUUUAUAAAAUUAUUUACAUCCAGUAUCAUUUCUUCAGAUGUUAGAAAUAGCUAUCGUAAGCGUAGGUAAAUGUAGGUUUUGAGAAGAGUGAAUACUUUGUGCCAAAUAUAAAUUAAAUAAAUAGAGUUUAGCAUACAAGAAACCUUAAAUUGUAUUACUAUCACCAAAGCAUAGAUAUAUCGAGACAAUGUUUGUAUGCUAAAGUCUAUAUAGGUUGAAGAGAGCGAAGAAUGAGAGAUAAAAUUUUAAGACCAUUAAAAAUAUAUAGAAUCUAUAAACUAAAUAACACAUUGCCAAUACAUGUAAUAUCAUAGAUAUAUAUUUUGAUCUCCAUUAUUUAAGUUACAAACAAUGCAACGAAUUUAUUGUACUAGGGUUUGCUUAUGACUCUAAACCAGGCUCUAUUUGCAGCCAGGUUUCGUGUCAUAGACAAUGCUUAAGGAAGGCUGUUUUCUUUAUAAACUCGAUAUGGGUAUCAUGUAAGGUCGGCCAAUUUAAGAUUUUCAGAGCAGAGUUCUGCGUCCAAAUAAAUUUACUUAUUCAAUCAUGUCUAAUUUGUUUAAUUAAACUAAUAUAUAUUAUUGUGUUAAGUUUGAUAGAGCAAUAAAUUGUAUUUUAAUAAAGUAAGACAUUUGAUAUGAAAAAGAUAAAAAUAAUAUUACCGAUGUGCUUA